UCUAUGCGUAACGUGAUGCGCAAACACCGCGGUUUACUGUUCGCCAUUGCAGGACGAUUGACUUUUCUAAAGUUACUUUAAAAACAGCUAAUUUAUUACAACUUUUGAAGUGAUUUUAGUGUUUAAAAACUAGUGUGUGUAAAGUGCACUUGUGCGGUUUGUGACAGGUGACUUUGUAGUGUGAAAAACAAGUGAAAAGACUGGUCAAUGUCAGCAGGCGUGUCAGAUCAGCGGAUGAAAGGACAAGGAAAUCAAGUGUCUAAUGGCGCUAAGGAGCAGUUAGGAGCAGGUGAAGGAGCAACUGGCUCUGAAGAAUUUGAACCAUGGAGAUCGCAACAGCAACAACAGACAAACUCAGCCCCUGCUGCUUAUGGAGCGUCAGUACCAAUUUCAAGUGCAACAGAUAUUUACAGUAUGAGUACAGGUUAUUACGGAAGUGGCGGCACGUAUCCGUAUCAAGCUUUCGGUGUGGGAGAUGGCACGUGGUCAAACGGCACAGAUCCUAUGACGUUCCUGAGUGGUUAUCCACACGACUCUUACAGUAUGGAUGUUUAUCACUCAGGCAUGUUUGGGCCGUCGACAACGUUCUCGACGCCCACUGCGGCGGCCGCAGCAGCUUUCGGCCAACCUUCUUCCUUCAACUACUUUCACAGCAACGGCGAUUACAGCACAUGGGGCAGCCAGCUAGGACAACGCAAGUACGACGAAUAUUAUCGAGAUCCUCAAAAUAUGUACACUACACAGGCCAUGCCCGAAUCAACCCUGAAAAGUGUCGAACAGGCUAUGCAAAAUUUGGACUUAAAAGGCUCGUCGGACACGUCGAAAGAGUCAUCGGUUCCUAAAAAGACGACGUGGGCUAGUAUAGCCAGCCAGCCGGCCAAGCCACAGUUGACAGCCCAAAACCAGGGUCUGAAGAAAAAAGGACCCGGUAUGCCGCCUGGUCCUAUUGUACCGGGAAAGCAUAACAUCGACAUCGGUACAUGGGACACAAGUAAGAACACGCCUCCACAAUUGCCGGUCGUUACGUUACCGAAGUCGAUUGCGCAAACUGUGCCCAGUGUUGUUCGGCCCGCAUGGAACGGACCGCCAACUAAUCGACCUCCGCCCCAGGCGCCCCGGCCUGGCCCACCAUUGCAGUCCUAUCAGCAGGCCAUGAUGCCACCUCAUUUGCCUCCGCCGCCUGUUACCGUGCCCGCUGGAGCUCAUGUCCAAGGCAUGAUGCCUCCUGGCGGCCCAGUUCCCAUGAUGGUACCUCAGCCUGCCGCAGCAACAGCGGCUGCCGUGGUACCUUCACAUCCGGUUCUCGAGGAGCUACGGGGCAAAAAUAACUAUAACCCUGUGGAUUUUGAUCUUGACGUGCCGAACGCCCGCUUCUUUGUCAUCAAAUCAUAUUCAGAAGAUGAUAUCCAUCGUAGCAUCAAGUACGAGAUCUGGUGCAGUACCGAGCACGGUAACAAGCGUCUUGAUCAGGCGUACCGAGAACGCGAAGGCAAAGGUCCUGUUUAUCUUUUUUUCUCCGUGAACGGUUCCGGUCAUUUCUGUGGAAUGGCACAGAUGAUGUCGGCAGUCGAUUACAACGCGAACAGCUCGGUUUGGUCACAAGAUAAGUGGAAAGGACAGUUCAAGGUCCGAUGGAUCUAUGUGAAGGACGUGCCGAACGUGCAGCUGCGUCAUAUUCGGCUCGAAAACAACGAGAAUAAGCCGGUGACGAACUCGCGCGACACGCAGGAAGUGCCGCACGCGAAGGGUUUGCAGGUACUGCGAAUUAUGUAUUCGUACAGGCAUUCAACGUCGAUAUUUGACGAUUUUAUACACUAUGAGAAACGGCAAGAGGAGGAGGAUAAUAGAAAGAAUCCAGAAACAGGACCGCAAGGGGGAAGCGGUGGCGGUGGUGGACGAGAUGGGCGGGGUGAACAUAAAGAUAGGGGUGAUCAUAGGCGAAACCAUGACAGGGAUCGUGAUGGUGAGAGGGAGAACCAUCGACCCGGAGGUGGAGGUCAUCGAGGAGGUAACGAUCACCACGGGGGAGGAGGAAGCGGCGGACAUCACAAGACUUUAAAAGGGAAUCAUCGAUAAAGCUCUCAAAGGAGGAGCAUUAUAGUAUAAUUUCGAGAUUUAUCAAAGAACGAGGUGAAAAUAACCGCGGCCGAGGCGGUAGGGGUGGUCGAAAUUAAAACAAACAUAUUAAUAAAUAACGAGUGAAAGAGAAAAAAUAUAUUAAUUGUUAUGCUCGUCCUUGAAACACAUAAUAGCAAAUAAUUAAUAAAGCUUGUUAUAUCUCGUCAUACACAACAUGAGCUCACACUCAGUACAUAAUAUGAACUUUCCAAAUUUUUGUUCUGUACUCCUGGAUGUAUGGCUGUAGAAUAGUGGACCACCCUAUUAUGCUAAUAUUUUUAUCAAAAAAAUAAUAUAAAUACAGGAAAAAUCACUUCGUCAAUAAUAAUAAGCAACAGCAACAUCAGCAGCAUCAGUAACAAAUCGACGUUUUUAAAAUUUAUUGUUAUUUUUUUUGCUUCAUAGUACAGUUUACACUGUUUUUGUGGUGUUUUCGAUGUGAUAUAAUGCC